AUGCUCAACACUCCGCAACACAAUCACGACCCAGUAAAGCUCAAAAGCAAGUAUUACGACACCAUGACUUCUUCUUCUCACCACCAACCAUACAGCAACAGCGAUUUCUAUGGAUUUGCUGCAGCGUUCAGUGUGUCAUCCUCCCCUCCCGCCCCGGUUGGACAGCCGCUGCUGGACACGCAAGAGAAGUCGGAAUUUGACAACUGGAUCGACGGCUUCAAUACCAAUACCUCUUCUGUAGAUCCUUCACAUAUAUACUCGGGGGAGAUUUCCGCCGAAACUUCGUACUGGCCUGACAUACCCCCGAGCAACUACCAAGCAUCGGACCUGUCUUCCCAUCAUGGGUAUAUGAAUACCAACAUCGACGGGUAUCUUGGGAGCAAUUCCGUGUCUUCUGCGCCAUCGAUGGCUCCACCCCAGGUCGACAUCAACCCGUUCAGUAACAACCAUGAUAUUCAUCAACGGCAGCAUGAACAUUCGCCGUCGCAGCUAAACAACCACAGCCUCCUUAACUUUGGCACCGACACAAACUUCGCGCCUACAGGCUACCAUCCGCCCCCACCUGCUGUACAACUUGACAAAGAUAUAGAAAUCCGCUCCAAAAUCUACACCGCUUUCCCCAAAAACGAUUCGGCGGUGACUACUGCCGUAAAUUCCCCGGCUGAAGUCAAAUAUGAGCGAAAUGGGGAGGAUACCGAGGAGGAAGAUGAAAAUGGGCCUUAUUAUCGCGAUGAUGACAACAAUAGUACAUCGCCCUCUAUCAUGAGUGCCGGUGGCACCAUGAAACGGCGCGUGAAUGGCAUGGACGAUUAUAUGUCUUCAAAGUCCCGCAAGGCGCGACCUCGAAAAUCCGACGCCGCUGCAAGGGCAGCUAAGAAGAAGACUGCAGGAGCCAAAAGGGAUAAUUUGACGGAAGCGCAAAAGAGAGAAAACCACAUUCACAGCGAGCAAAAACGAAGAAAUCUUAUUCGUCAAGGGUUUGAAGAGCUGUGUUCCAUGGUGCCGGAGCUGAACACUGGAGGAUAUAGCAAAAGCGCCGUUCUUAUACACGCCGCAAAUUACUUGGAAGAACUCAAAAAGGGGAAUGAGCGGCUGAGAAAUUACUUGCACCACCUGCAGAAAAUGGAAGGGAGAGCAUACUGA